UCCCCUGUAGCGGCAGUGAUGAAGAAGGAGAGGCUGAGGCAACGGCGCAUCCCGGCGUUCGGGGAGUGGAACUACGACCACGACGGCCACGGCGGCGGAUGCUACGGAUACGGCUACCGCGACGGCGACUGGCCGGUCACCCAGUACUUCGACUCCGCCAUGCAGGCCGGCGGCAUGGUCAUGUCCUUCCCGCCCUCACCAAAGCCAGCAAAGAAGGCGGUCAAGUGGUUUGAUAGCGGCGCACUCGGGGAGGUGGACGAGAAGCAGAAGCAGAGGCAGCACAAGGUGGUGGUGGUGUCAGCAGGAGAGCACGGGGCGGCGGUGAAGCAGGGGAAGCAGAGCCGUGUGGCCGACGCCGGGGCCCACGCGGCGUCGACGGGGCGCAGCAAGGCGUGCAAGCCCCCGCCGGCGGUGGUCAAGGCCGUGGACCGUGACCUCUACGACAUCCCACCCGACAUGCUCUGCCGCAAGCCAAGGAAGAGGGUGACGAGGAGCCUGUGGAUGGGCUGCUUGGGACUCGGCUGCGUCGCCUAGGGAUCUCUCGCCCGAUCGAUCGAUCACUACAAUUCACAAACCAAACCCUGCCUUGUUGUGCGUGUCGUUGUAAAGAGAAGCAGAAACCCAUGGAUGGACCCCAUCAUGAUCGAUGCAUGCUGUCACCACGGUCGCACGGCCCAAACUUUUGCAUUCUUCUCUCUCACCUGUCACCUAUCUCGGCCUCUCAUCAACUGCAGUAGUGUGUUUGGCUGGUGUCUCUGUGCGUUUAGUACUACUAGUAGUAGUAGAUGGGUAGGAGUGGUAAAACGAGAUGGACAUGGACGUCGUCCGGCGACGUGAUAUGUCCGGCAGCGUCAUUUCCUCGUGCCAAAGACCACUCGAGUGCUGCUUUUCUGGCUCUCCUAUUUUUUUUUCCUCUUUCUUUUGCUCUGGCUCUUUUGAUCUUUUACGAUGUGUUUUGUAGCCUCUCGUGGCGGUGUUUCAGGAAGGGCUGUUUAGUUCUAAAAA